AUGUUUCCAGGAGCUGGGCGUCAAUCGUACGCCAACCAGCAGCAGCAGAACAUGCAGCAAGGUGUAUACUCAAGGCCCCAGGGCCCUCCACCAGGCCAAGGACAACAAUUUCACCCGCCACCUCAGCAGUACUCACGACCCGGCGCACCCCCUCCAAGUUUUCAAGGCCAACAGGGCUAUCAGGAUCAACAGGGCCACCAAGGAUCGCAGGGUUUCCAAAGGCCUCCACAGCCACCUCCACAGGGUCAGUACCGUAACGACAUCCAGGCCAACCAUGCCCAGCCUGGCUUCGUGAACGGGCCGGACAUGUACCAACAGCCUCAGAACUUACAUGCUCCGCCCCAGCAAGCACAGGUCGCAGGUAGUGGUUCCAAUAACGAGUUUUCCUACCAGUACUCUCAAUGUACCGGCAAGCGGAAGGCACUGCUCAUUGGCAUAAACUACUUUGGCACACAGAGCGAGCUGCGUGGCUGUAUCAAUGAUGUUCGCAACAUUCACGACUUCUUGACUACGAGGUACGGCUACAAAUCCGAGGACAUCGUGGUGCUUACCGAUGACCAAACUCAGAUGGCAGGUGUGCCUCUGAGACAGAACAUCUUGCGUGCCAUGCAGUGGCUGGUGAGCAACGCGCAGCCUAACGAUUCUCUUUUCUUCCACUACUCAGGUCAUGGUGGCCAAACCAAAGACCUUGACGGGGACGAGGAAGAUGGGAUGGACGACGUGAUUUAUCCCGUGGACCACGAAACUCAGGGGCACAUCAUUGAUGAUGAGAUUCACGAUAUUAUGGUGAAGCCUCUGCAGCCAGGUGUCAGACUCACUGCUUUGUUUGACUCCUGUCACUCCGGUACAGUCUUGGACCUACCUUACACUUACUCCACGAAGGGUGUGAUCAAAGAGCCCAAUUUGUGGAAGGAUGUCGGCCAGGAUGGGUUGCAGGCCGCGAUGGCAUACGCAACAGGCAACACCAGCCGCAUGCUCACCUCGCUAAACUCCAUGUUCAAGAGCGCCACCCGAAAGGCUACUGGAAGUUCAGCUUCCCAACAGAUAAAGCAGACCAAGUUCUCUCCAGCCGAUAUCAUCAUGCUCAGCGGUUCCAAAGACAAUCAAACUUCAGCAGAUGCUGUCGAGAAUGGACAGGCUUCCGGCGCCAUGUCUCAUGCUUUCGUUAAGGUCAUGACAACGCAGCCGCAGCAAACCUACUUGAGUUUGUUACAAAACAUGAGAGCUGAGCUGAGCGGGAAGUAUUCACAAAAACCCCAGCUGUCCAGCUCACAUCCAAUCAACGUCAACCUGCAAUUCUUGCUAUAA